AUGGAAGUCAUUGCCACCCCACAGCACAUUGCCACCCCACAGCACAUUGCCACCCCACAGCACAUUGCCACCCCACAGCACAUUGCCACCCCACAGCACAUUGCCACCCCACAGCACAUUGCCACCCCACAGCACAUUGCCACCCCACAGCACAUUGCCACCCCACAGCACAUUGCCACCCCACAGCACAUUGCCACCCCACAGCACAUUGCCACCCCACAGCACAUUGCCACCCCACAGCACAUUGCCACCCCACAGCACAUUGCCACCCCACAGCACAUUGCCACCCCACAGCACAUUGCCACCCCACAGCACAUUGCCACCCCACAGCACAUUGCCACCCCACAGCACAUUGCCACCCCACAGCACAUUGCCACCCCACAGCACAUUGCCACCCCACAGCACAUUGCCACCCCACAGCACAUUGCCACCCCACAGCACAUUGCCACCCCACAGCACAUUGCCACCCCACAGCACAUUGCCACCCCACAGCACAUUGCCACCCCACAGCACAUUGCCACCCCACAGCACAUUGCCACCCCACAGCACAUUGCCACCCCACAGCACAUUGCCACCCCACAGCACAUUGCCACCCCACAGCACAUUGCCACCCCACAGCACAUUGCCACCCCACAGCACAUUGCCACCCCACAGCACAUUGCCACCCCACAGCACAUUGCCACCCCACAGCACAUUGCCACCCCACAGCACAUUGCCACCCCACAGCACAUUGCCACCCCACAGCACAUUGCCACCCCACAGCACAUUGCCACCCCACAGCACAUUGCCACCCCACAGCACAUUGCCACCCCACAGCACAUUGCCACCCCACAGCACAUUGCCACCCCACAGCACAUUGCCACCCCACAGCACAUUGCCACCCCACAGCACAUUGCCACCCCACAGCACAUUGCCACCCCACAGCACAUUGCCACCCCACAGCACAUUGCCACCCCACAGCACAUUGCCACCCCACAGCACAUUGCCACCCCACAGCACAUUGCCACCCCACAGCACAUUGCCACCCCACAGCACAUUGCCACCCCACAGCACAUUGCCACCCCACAGCACAUUGCCACCCCACAGCACAUUGCCACCCCACAGCACAUUGCCACCCCACAGCACAUUGCCACCCCACAGCACAUUGCCACCCCACAGCACAUUGCCACCCCACAGCACAUUGCCACCCCACAGCACAUUGCCACCCCACAGCACAUUGCCACCCCACAGCACAUUGCCACCCCACAGCACAUUGCCACCCCACAGCACAUUGCCACCCCACAGCACAUUGCCACCCCACAGCACAUUGCCACCCCACAGCACAUUGCCACCCCACAGCACAUUGCCACCCCACAGCACAUUGCCACCCCAUAG